AUGGAACGUCCAUUUGGUAGCACGCGGGACGACAAAGCUGAGAUUGUUGAUAUACGCACUAAGCUGCGGGAUCGGUGACUUUGGUAGUGGUGCUUGUGUUGGAGCAUCACCACCGCGUCACGCCAUCUUGUGCUGUGCUUUCCUGAGCUCAGAACCUGCCAUCCAAAGCUUUUCUAUACAGUAACAACAGCAUGACACGCAGUGUCAACGGUAGAGGCAAUAGCCUGCUACACAAUCAGGAGGUCCACAGUGCAUUCAUCUCGGAUGAAGCACGCGAAUCUGGCACAGUGAGCCCAGAGCUUAUUGCAGAAGCGGUAACCUAUCUCCAUCGUGACGGCAUCCUCGUCCUAGAGAAUGCCAUAAAGGCCGACCACCUCAGCGAACUCGAAGCUCUACUUGGUCCAGAGGCGGAACAGAUUGCUCGUGAUCCGGACCACCACUUUAACUUCGGCAAGGAGACUCGCAACAUGGAUCAAGCACCACCUUUGAUUCCAGAGCUGAUGUUCAUGGACGUGUGGGCGAAUCCUAUCGCUGUAGGCAUACUGACUGCGAUAUUCGGACCCAGUCCCGUAUGUCACUACGCCAAUGGCAACACAGCGCUCAAGGCCAAGGGUCGCCAGCCGGUACAUUCCGAUAUCGAGAAGCCUCACCCGCUGUAUCCGUUCGCAUAUGCGAUCAACAUUCCACUCUGUGAUACGAGUGCCGAGAAUGGCAGCACGGAAGUAUGGGUGGGCAGCCAUCGCGAUAGCUGUGUCGACCAGCACACGAAAUAUGGAGCCGGCGAGUAUGGGUUGACAAUCAGGUCUGAGCUGCUGUCUGCGCGAAGACAGCGUUCGCCGCCCAUACAGCCGAGUACCAAAAAAGGCAGUCUCAUCAUUCGUGACAUUCGCCUUUGGCAUGCUGGAAUGCCGAAUAAGACCGAUGUACCACGGAUCAUGCUCGCUUUUGUGGUGCAGCCGAAAUGGUUCCAAGCGCCUUCGAAAGUCCUCCUACCGCUCAAAGCGAAGCCACUAGUUGAGCGGUGGAGAACAGAGACGGGGCUAGAGUAUGCAGCACAGUGGGUUGAUGGAGAUGUCGAUCAUAGGAAGGUCAAUUCGGACGAGGUCGACUUCAGCACGGGCAACGUCAGACUCCUUGGCAUGGAGGAACUGAUGCACCAGCCUGCCGAAUGAGACGAGUACCUGCUGUGAGCUUCGCAACCUGAUAUGUACCAACAUGUUGAAGUCAAAGCCGCAUUGGGUGCAAGGACAGCUCGCCGUUGUGUCCCCGAGUUGCGACCUCGUGAUAGGGCAAGCGCCUAGACGUUGGCGUUGUAGAAGGAGGCACAUGGCAUAGCGAAGCAGUUGAAGGACAAGGCUUUGUCAUGCAGUCACGAAAACAACGCGGCAGCAUAUUGUGAGCGUCCGUUCGUCGCCAAGGC